CUCAAUGUCAUAUGAAUUAUGGUUAUCCUUCAGUUGAAUAUUCUUCAGUAGGAAAUGAUUUUACUAAAGUAGUUCUGUUAAUGGAUCCUGAAGGUUAUGAUGGUGAUUUAUUCUGUUAUUAUCAUGAUGAAAAGUGUCAUAUUUUACCAGAAUCUCCAAUUAUUGAUUUAUCAAAUCUUUGGCCUCCAAAACCUAAAAAUUAUGAUCCUCCAAAGAAUAGUGGUGAUUCAUUUAAUGUUCUACAUAUAAGUGAUAUAAAUUUACAAUUGAAUUAUGAAUUAUUAUCAGAAUCUAAUUGUUCUCAAAGUGUUUGUUGUUUAAGUUCAAGUUGCAAUUAUGAACAUCCUCCUGAACAUUAUGAUUAUUCUCCCCUCCAUGAUCCUUCAAUCGGUUUAUCCUUUUAUGAUAGUUCUUAUAGUCGAGGUCAUUUUGAAAAGGGUCAAUACAUUGAUCAUUACUCUAAAGAAGAUUCUAUAUGGAGCCCUGCUCAUAGUUUCGGUAGUUAUUCUUGUGAAGUACCUAUGUUAUUAUUAAAUAAUACUUUACACAUAAUAAGAAAUCUUCAUCAGAAUCAUUUAGAAUUUGAAAUGGCACUUUUCACCGGAGGUACAGUUGAUCAUGAAGAUAGAAUAUUUACAGAUAAAACAAGAAUUUUAGAAACUCAAGAAAUAGCUUAUCGACUCUUAAAGAAAUAUUUACCAUCAAUUCCAAUAAUUAGUACUUUUGGUGUACGAGAUACGUUUCCAAUGCAUCAAUUACCUCAGAAGAAAUUAAGUGAAAACUCUCAGUCUUAUCAAUGGGAAUUUGAUUUCUUAGCGGACCUAUGGUUAGAAUUAGAAUGGAUUGACCUUGAUGCAAGUAAACAAAUUAGGUAUAAUCAUGUUGGUUACUCCAUUAUUACUUCUAGAGGUUUGAAAAUUAUUUCUUUAAAUUCAAAUGUAUGGAAUGAUAAAAAUUUAUACAACUUUUGGGAUGUCCUUUCAAUUGACAAGUUUGGUGUUUGGAAAUUCUUGAUAAAUGAACUUCUUGAAAGUGAACUAAAUCAACAAAGGGUUUGGAUAAUAGCUCAUUUGCCUCUCAGCAAACAAUCCUUAGCCAUACCUUCAAAAGUUUUCACCCUGAUUGUUGAGAGAUUUUCUCCAAAAGUAAUUGCGGCUAUCUUCUUUGGAAACUCUUUGAAAGAUUCAUUUAAUUUAAUUUAUGGAGGGGACGGAUGUGAUUCUAAAGAAUUAGAAAAAGCAAUAAAUUUUGCUUUAAUUGGGCCCUCUAUAACACCAUAUAAUGGUGUGAAUCCAGCAUGGAGAUAUUAUGCCGUUGACGAGAAGAGUUUCAAUAUUAUAAAUUCGUUUACUUAUUACACCGAAUUGAAUGAAACUUUUAUUAAUGGUGGAGCUGAGCCAACUUGGAAUUUUGAAUAUUCUGCAAGAGAGGCAUACGAUCCCGAAUGUUUGUGGCCUUCAGAUAGGUCAUUAGAUACAGAAUGGUGGCACCACGUUUCUGAAAAAAUUCGAGACAUGCCAAACAUUAGUGAAUUAUAUAGUAGGUUUGGGUUUAGACACUCUCCUUUCACUCCUUUAGAAGAUAUCCCUAAUAACGACAACUAUUGUCUGGUAACCAGUUUCACUUUAGAAGCUAGAAAGCAAUGUAUGUUGACUGAGGAUCAGGAUAACUAUAUUGCUCCUGAAACUCCGGUCGACUUUAUGGCUUAUGUAAGACCAUAUGACCCUGUUGAAUAUGUUGCUUACGGAAAUAAAGUAAAUGACGAAGAAGAGUCUUCUAUUACGACUGAAAAUGGAGCUGGUAAUUCCCAAGAUGUGCACUCAGAAACCCUUAAUGGUGAUACCUUGCAGGAUCAAAAAAUAUUAAAUAAGAAGGCAAAAAAAUUUCUAGUAAGCAAGGUUGAGCUUCAAAACGAUGCGAUUGUUGCAGAGUUGCAAAACGAGGCUCGCUAAUGCUUGAGAUGAAUUUAUUUUUCAGGAGUCAAUAUAUUCCUAAAUAGGUAUGCGAUCGCUAUUAACGAAAAUGCGUAAUUUCCUCAAUAGGAAAUCAUAUUAUAUAACCAGCAUUUCAUUACUAUUAAUUUACAUCUAAGGUACAAGUCAUCUUGUAGUUUAACCAUAAUGGUUUAGACCCUGUAGUAGAACACUUUCCUUAUUUUCUAUGCA